GGCAAUAGUACCCUGGACCGCAUACACAUCCUCAGCGAAAGUAGACGUUACAUUUCAGUUUCCAAAUCCCAACGUCAAGGCCAUAGCACCCGGGACCAUAUAAAUAUUCCCAGCUCAUACCGAGCAAUAUAACAACACCAACAGCAUUUUGUUCAUUUGUUCUUCAACAUUCUUUAGCAUUUGUUCUCCAAAAUUGAGGACCAUGAAUACAGACUGGAUGCCCACCCUAUGGUCAGAGUGUUUUGAGGAGAUGUUGGAUGAUGAGCUGGGCAGCAGUGACCAGUGGGCCUUCCACUUCAACUACGGCCUGACAGAAACACUCGCCAAGGAGGAGAGGAGGAGAAGAUGGCGGGUGUACAGCCACUGUGCCUACGGACAGUUCCAGUGUGGUGAGUGUUCUAAGACAUGGCCGUCGGCACGGGUGGUGGUAGUGUUCCGUUAUCGGCUGUGGGAUGAGACAGGCCGGGGAACCGUCCUGAUGCGGCCUUUCGGCCAGGCAUGCAGACGCUGCCGUGAAGUGUUUGAACUUCCAGGCUUUUCAAAGAAUGAGGUGGAAGAGGCACUGCUCCGGCUGUUUGGAAAGAUUAGGAAGAACUGCUACGGAGAGGAGGGGGUGGAGGAGGAGGAGGAGGAAGAGGAAGGGUCAGAAGGAUCAGAGAAAGUGUAGAAGAGGCCCCAUGAGAAAGCCCUGUGUGAAGCCUGCAGACUGGGCAUCUGCCGUCAAGAAGAGUAGAGGAGAGAGAGAUGGGGGGGGGGG